UCUUCAUUCUCGUUGUUCGUUUCAUAUUCGUCGUACGGUACCGUUUUUUGCUCAUCCUCAUUAUUGGCUCUGAUAAGCUAAUCCGUGUAUUUUUAACUCGAUUUUCCUGCGAAUUUCUGCAAUCAGCUGCAGCACACAAAUUGGUUCCCAUAUUUCUGCGGCAGUAAUCGGGGGCCUCUGUGAAGGAACGGCGGAGAUAACGAAAACAAUCGAGCUUCGAUCCGACCCAUCAGCACCGGAGCAAACCUUUCGAUUGGAAGCUGCUACUGGAGAAUUAUCUCGCCAUAUCGAAAAAAUACGUCGGUUUCGUUGUUACUGCUGUGUUAGUCAUCCAAUUAAGCUCCAAUGAAAGGCUGAGCAAUUAGUAUCAACAGAACAAAGAUAAGUCCCACUUCAGGGCGUCAAGGGCAAAGGUGAAGCCGAGAUUAGCUCCAAAUUGAAUAACAGUCAGUGUACCGCUGCAGCUUAUCCAACCGCAGAAUUGUGUCCCAGUGUUCUUUUUUCGAUCAACCCCGCACCAAGGCACCAUAGUCAGCCAUGGGUCAAACGCUCUCGGAGCCGGAAACCUCGAAGGAGUCGGCCUUCUGUCAGAACGACUACUACAAGGUGGGAUCAAGCUGUAUGCAAGGUUGGCGCAUCCACAUGGAGGACUCGCACACGCACAUUCUCUCGCUACCGGAUGAUCCGGGAACGGCUUUCUUUGCCGUGUACGACGGCCACGGUGGUGCCAACGUUGCCCAGUAUGCCGGCAAGCACUUGCACAAGUUUGUGACGAAACGGCCGGAGUACGGGGACGACUUGAAGCGGGCGCUGCAACGUGGCUUUUUGGACAUUGACGAGGCUAUGCUGAACGACGAAUCGCUGAAGGAACAGAUGGCCGGAUCGACGGCGGUUGCCGUUAUGGUAAAGAACGAUAGAUUGUACUGUGCGAAUGCUGGGGAUUCGAGGGCGAUCGCGUGCAUAAACGGGAAACUGGAUGUGCUUUCGUUCGACCACAAACCGAAUAAUGCCAGCGAGUUGGAGAGGAUAAAGCGCGCCGGGGGUUACGUUGAGUAUAAUAGAGUGAAUGGGUAUUUGGCCCUGUCGAGGGCAUUGGGAGAUUUUAGUUUGAAGCGAAACGGCGACAAAUUGCCGGAGGAACAGGUUGUGACGGCAUAUCCGGACGUGGAAGAACGAGCGGUUAGCGAAGGCUUUGAGUUUAUGGUUAUUGCUUGUGACGGAAUUUGGGACGUGCUUCCGAGCCAAUCGGUUAUGGAGUUUGUUCUGACGGAAAUUGCCCAGGGUAUCUAUCCGCAGAAUAUUUGCGAAAAUCUGAUGACGCGAUGUCUCGCUCCGGACUGUCAGAUGGGUGGCAUCGGUGGAGAUAAUAUGACGGUGAUCAUCGUUUGCUUCCUGCACGGGCGACCUUACGAAGAUUUGGUGACCCGUUGCAAGGAGCACGUUGCCGAGAUGAACAAGAAGGCGUCGGAGAUGUUCAUUGAUCACGAGUCCAGCUUUGUGCCGGAGCAAUCGAGUUCGAAGGCAUCGUUGGAGGAGAACGGUGGCAGUGACUUGACUCCGCUUAGCUCUCCGGAGCAAUCUCCGAAAGCAUCGCCAAGUGAAAAGACAAAACAAUCCGCAGACGGGCAAUCUUCGCCGGAUGAGGACGACACAAGCGAGGAACUGGAUCUGAAGUAGACACCAAGCGCUGCGUUGACUAUGGGCUAUAGUGUUUUGUUCCCCGUUCCUUUUGUCCUGUUUUAUCCUCCGGGUCCUGUCGUGGUUCCUUUCAAUUGUAAAAUUUCUUAGAUUGUAAUCCUGACCGGUUUUAUUGCUAUGAAAUGCAAGAGGGCACUAUGUUUUAAAUUUACCUUUGUACGUCUUUCUCAAAUUCUCAAACUGAUUCCAGUAGAUAGACCUGCCUUCGACAUAAUUUCGUUUUCCUUGAGAUAAUAAGCCUCGUACAAAGUUUUAAGUUUGUAGGUUAAUCAUUAGAAGUUUUUUUUUCAAUAUUUCGUAGAUCUCCAUGUAGAUUAUUACUGGAAAACCAAGGGCGAAAAUAAUUUUUGGGUGGCUCCUUUCAGGUCUAUCUGAACGAUACUAAAUUCGAUUGCUUAUCAGAAAAGAAGCUGGCGCCUAGCAGCAAAACAAAGAAGAUACCCAUUAAAUGUAGUUUAAAAUUGGAUCGUGUUUACAAACGAUUAGAACCCAACAAUUCAGUUAAUGAUGAUAGACUAUAAUCUUCCUUUUUACGAAAUGGUAUCGACCCAGUGUAGUAGAAGAACCGUGUGUGUGCGUGUGAAAAUUCAUGAUAGGCAGGAGUGAUGAAAGCGUUACGUUGUUUUACUCAAACCUUAGAUAUUUGACAUUCUCGUGUGUACCAAGCCGGGAUAAUACAAAAAAUGCGAGCCAAAAAUAAA